UGUUGUUAUCCAUUUACAGAGUUAUAUGCUCAAGUCAACAUCCCUUCUAAAGAAACGAUAAGGGAAGGUUUAGUGGUAAUGAUCGAUGGCUAUCAAGUGGGGAUGACAGUCGUAGCACUAGCGUCCGGCCUUUCAAGUGCCAAACCAUAUCCACAUCUGAAUCCGGUAUCCGCCUAUUUUUAUACCAAUGCUUACCGUUGGGCACUUAGACAUCUCAGUCUUAUUCCCAAAUGGUUAGGAGGAACCGGAGGAAGCUAUUGCGACACACAUCGAGUUUGGCGGCGGCGUUUCUUUUACAUGGAAGAGUUUGUGCCUGAUUGGUUGAAAGUGGUAUUUCCUUACGUCGAUCCAAAAGAGUGGAAGAAAGAAGAGUUGGAAUUAAAAAGAUUCAAGAAAUAUGCAGAAUCAGCCUUCGGUAAACACUAUCGAUAUCCUUCCAAACAUUUCAACAACUUCCGGUCGCAAGAAACAAAGGAAACAACAGAAGAUUUUGACGUCUCCAGUUCUUCUGAAUCUGGAACUAAUAAAUGACACUAAGUGUCAUGAUUACAAAUUAGCUUUAAAAUUACUAGUUUAAGUCUGUCUUUGAUAUUUAUACUUUUAGUCUUUUAUAAUGUUCUGAGAAAUAAAUCACAUACUUCAAAGUUAGUUCAGAGGUUUAAUGCAGAGGCUGGGGUGGUGGGGUGGUUGCAGAGGUUGAACUUUGGCGCUGAUAUGGGGAAGCGGUGAGACGAUGUCGCAGACGUUUUUAAUUUAUCCCUCUUGAUGUAAGGUGUCUGAAGCCUCUUCCACCUGGUUCCCCAGAUUUGUUAAAUGGUUAUCCCGCAAUUGGUCAGAGCCUCGUCCGUUAUCUAGCAGGCGCUAAUACUUCCAGCCAUUGUUGAACACCCAUCGAAACCUUUGCUAAUGCACCUAUCAGGUUCAAAUCUGAUAUAAACUUAUCAAUUUCUGACGCUAUAGUAUUAGCAUCCAUUCUAUUUGUAAUUCCAGAAAUUCUUCUUUUAUCUUUGUCAUAAAAAUGAUUUCAUUGGUUCGAUACUUGAUAAUUCCUGCCCAAAAAUUGACACUAAAACGUACCUCAUGACCGUGUUCACCAGUGCUUAUUGUAAUUGUUAAACACACCCGCACGUGUAAAUGUGGACUCGUCUGUCCACAUAUGUAUUCUGCUGGACGAUCGAUAAACCAUCUGCACAGAGUCAGACGUGGUUAUAGAUCGGUUGCGUGUAAAGCCUGAGCGCGUCGAUACUGGAAAGGGUGCAUUCCUUUCAUGUGGAAAACUUUCAUUGCAUUGAUUAUCGGAUGUGGACCACUACAGUUUAUGCAUUUCACUACAUCAUUUUCAGAGCAUUCAGUGUAGCUAUUAUGCUAAAUUCAGCAGAACUGAACUGAUUUACAAAUCCUAACUCCAUGAUUAAAUUUAAAACAUUUAUAACUAUUAAUCACGCAAAUAUUAUAAAGGCGAAAGUUUGUGUGUGUGUAAAUGUGUAAGUAUGUUUGUUCCUGUUUUACGCUGCGGCUACUGAAGCGAUUUGGCUGAAAUUUGGAAUGGAAAUAGAUUUUACUUUGGAUUUACACAUAAGCUACUUUUCAUCCCGGAAAAAGCCAUGGUUCUCUUGGGAUUUGUGAAAAGCUGAAUUCACGAUAUUGUAGUACUAGCGGGCGUGCGUCCGCUAGUACUACAAUAAUAAAGGAGCCAUUUAUUUACAAAUUUGAGACACAACAU